AUGAACGACGUCCGAGGGGCUCGUCCCUCAUUACAGGCCUCGAGGCUGAGGAACUUGAUGCUCCAGGCGGCGCAAGAUGAGACCCAAAUCGUGCCUAUGGCCUGUAGCUACGACGCCCUUAGCUCGAAAUUGACUCAGGAUGCUGGAUUUCCCGUGGUGUUUUUGUCCGGCUUUGUCGUCGCCGCGUCGCUUGGGCUUCCGGACACCGGGUAUAUCGCGUUCGGCGAAAUGACGCAAAAGAUUGCUGAGGUUGUGCGGCAAGUCGACGUUCCCAUCCUCGUGGACGGGGACACGGGGUACGGAGGGCCGAUGAAUGUGAAAAGGACGGUUCAAGGGUUUGCACUUGCCGGAGCGGCCGGAGUCAUGAUCGAGGACCAGACUUGGCCCAAACGUAGGAUUUCCUCCCCCCUCAAAAGUCCAUCGGGUAAAACAGCGGACCCUGACAUGAACGAGCCAGGCUGCGGACACUCUCAAGGCAAGACGGUUGUUCCAGAAGACGAGGCGUAUGCGCGGAUACAAGCGGCCGUGGACGCGCGGAACGAGGGUCUCGACAUUUGGAUCCUGGGAAGAACCGAUAGCCUGAUCCUCGGCUAUGACGAAGCGGUCAAAAGAGCCAGGCGAUUCAUCGAGAUUGGCGUGGAUGCCGUAUUCGUCGAGGCAGUGCCGGACCGGGCCAUGAUGAAGCGGCUGGUGCAAGACCUCCAGUUCCCGUGCAUGGUCAACAUCAUCCCAGGGGGGUGCACUGAGGUCGUCUCCACCAAGGACCUCGCGGCCAUGGGAUAUGCGUGCGUGGUGUAUCCGUUUGCGUUGAUCGCAGCCAAGAUCAAGGCAGUCCGACAGGCGCUGCAAGAUCUCAAGGCCUCUUUCGAGUCGGGAAACCUCCCAGAUACUCUAGAAGCGAAUGAAGUCUUCGAGGCCGUGGGGUUUCCACAGUAUUAUGCUGAAGAAGACCGAUACCAGUACACCGGCGUGAGGAAUAGGCGCAAAGAACAGUAA